GGCUCAAUGACAAUGGGUAUAGAAAGAUAGAUUACUGCCUCUCUACUAUAUAUAUAUAACAUAACAUAUAUAUAGUUGCUACCGAAACUAUUCAAAUACAUGGAAUUAUUAGGCAGCUCGUAUUUAGAACAGUUGUUUGGAACAAUAGAUAUCUACUGAUUAAACAGACGGUUAUUUAUGCUUGAAGAGUAAAAAGUUAAUAUUUGGGACAGUAGUCAGCCAAUGUUACGAACAAUAGGUAUGUACUGGUAAUGUUUAGAACAGAAGGUAGCUUAUGUUUCAAACAAUAGACAUCCAUUGUUUGUAACAGUUAAAAGUUAAUGGUAAGAACAGUAUGUAUAUGAUGUUUGGUUUAAUAGGCAGCCAAUUGUUGGAAAAGAAGGCAGCUUAUGGUUGAACAGUUGAUAGCUAAUGUUUGGAACCGUAGGCAGCCAAUAGUAUGAACAGUACGUUGCUAAUGUUUGUAGCCGUAGGCAGCUAAUGUUCGCAACGGAAGGUAGCGUAGUAGGCUACUACCGCAUGGAAAGGUACGCCGCUUAUGUUUGGAACAGUACGUAUCCAACGACUGUACAGUCGUCUAUCAACUGUCUACUUUUGGAUUACAUUGUAUUCAGGGGCGUCGGAAGCAAAUUGACAUUGGGGCGGCGGAGGGGAAAUGUCGUAAAAAUCUUGGUGGACAGGACUGUAUUCGAGAUUCGUUUAUAAUGCACUACAUCCGUCUACUGAUUAACAGUGAUGAUGUGGCCCGUGUUAUUCGGAUUCGUGACUUUCCUUUCAUUGGAAUGUACUGCCGUUAUCGGAAACAUGCAAGUCGCUAGAAAGAAGGAAAUAACAAUUGAAUGUGCCUCAAACACCGAUCUCACUUUCAAAUUUUAUAGCAACUUGUUAAAGAAGUUUCUGACGAUUGCAGAAUGUGACAUUAACAGACAGUCAUGUGCGUUAUUGACAACUACUCAUACAAAUGUGUACACUAUUUUGUACACUGGACGUGGUGGUAUCCUAGUAUUAACAGAUCUAGAAGAAGAGAUAAUUGGAAAUUAUCAAUGCUAUGAAACGGUUAAUCCUCAGAAUUCAGUUAGCACAAACAUAACAACGUCGGAGUAUACAGCCACACAGGGAAAUAAUUAUACUGUUCCAACAAAAUCUGAUGAACCACUUCGUCCGCAAAAAAGGGGGCAUAUCGUGUUAGGCGUUUUUAAAGAUACGUUCAUAGAAUGCUCUUCCAAUGUCGAUAUUACUUUUAAAUUGAUCAACCAUAAAGCAAACGUCACAGUAACACUUGCAGAAUGUGACUUAACGAAGAAAGCAUGCACUAUAUUGCAACCAAAUUUGCAUAACAAAUAUAAUCUGUCCUACACAGGCAUUGGAGGAGUUUUGCAUAUAAAAAGUCUGAACAACGAAUCGUUUGGAACAUAUAUAUGUUGUGAAACAUACAACCCAGACAUCUUUGUCAGUAUCGACGUUAUUGCACGCAGUACGGAUGCAGCGAACAACACUUUUAAUUUUACGAUAUUGGCCGAGAAUACUACAGACAUCCACUCGGAUCAAGGCGCAACAAAUAGUUCUUCAUUUAUAUUGGCAAUUGUACUUCCUAGUAUUGCUGCCCUGACAACUGGAAUCGUAUUCAUCAACGUUUAUUUAAAGAAGAAAGCAUUCAUCUGGGCUGCUUCUAACGCAACAGACGAUUUGGACAUGUCACCAACAACACCAACCAUAGCAAAAGAUGGGAAUGAAGAAGAUGAAAAAACUCGUUUACUGGGGUUAACAAGCAGUACAUCAAAUUGCGACAGCACACACCAUGAUGACUUUGGCAAAUUGCACAUAGAAUCCCCCCCAAGCAUUCAAGCUGUUGCUGCCCUUGAACUUGGAACAACACACAGUGGGUAUGCAUUUUCUUUCACCCACGAUCCGAACAACGUGGUUAUCAACAAGAACUGGUUAUAUGGCGGCUCAUCAACCGAAGUGGCAACUAAAACUCCGACAAUUGUACUUCUGGACAACAAAGGGGCAUUUCACUCGUUUGGAUUUGAUGCAGAAAAACAAUAUGAUUUUCUGGCAAAUGAAAACACUCACCAAGGCUGGAGAUUGUUCAGACGUUUUAAAAUGGAAUUGUAUAAGAACUGUUCCUUGGAUACGACAAUUGAUGACCUAGAAGGCAAUCCAUAUCCCGCGAUGGAAAUAUUUACCAUGACACUACACUUUCUGAAAGAACAUCUCUUAAUUGCUUUAAAACACGCAUCACCGGAAUUGCUUGAAACCAGCAUACAGUUCAUUAUAACCGUGCCUGCGAUAUGGACUUCUGAGGCAAAACUCUUCAUUCGAGAAUCUGCUGUAAAGGCUGGAAUAAAAAACCAACGACUGAAAUUGGUUGUUGAUUCGGUGGCUGCGGCCACUUGGUUGACACGUUUGAACAUUAAAGACAGCCCAGAAAUUGAAUUACAAACGCCUGGGUCGAAAUGGUUGGUUGUAAAAAUUGGAGGUCAGAUAAUUCAUCGAAUUUCCGGCUUAAACAUGCCAGUAUUUGAAUGUGGGACUGCAGAUGUAUUGGCAUACGAAGUAUUAUCUGAAGGCAAAGUCAAUGUGAUACUAGCAAGCGGUGGGGCUUGGGGCUUUACAAACGUCGAGAAGAAGAUUUUGGAAAAUCUAGAUAGAGAGCUUGGAGCUGGAAACUUAGACAAAUUACGCAGAGAGCGCAUUGGAGAUUAUUACGAACUUUUACAAGAAAUUUCAGACAAAACCCGAUCAAAAUAUAUUUUUUCACAAAAUGUAUGUUUCGUGAGGCUCCCGAAUUCACUGUCGCAAUACGCCAAACAUAGAAUAGAAACAACGAAGAUUAAAGCAUGGUUUGAGAGCGAAAUAUCAAGUUUUAUUGCCCACAUUAAAACUGUAUUAAAUAAUAACCCAAGUUUAAAGGAAGUAACUAAUAUGGUUUUAGUCGACCAAUUUGCCGAAUCGAUGAACGUUCAAACCAUGUUGCGGGAAGAAUUUCCAGAAUUAAAAGUGAUUAUUCCACCAGAUUCUAAAUUGGCAGUUCUGAAAGGAGCAGUUUUGUAUGGACACAUCACUGAUACAGAUACAUCUAUUCCGAGUGAUAGCAUAUAGACACAAUGUAUCUGCAGUGUAUAACAUAUGGGGCUAAUCUCGAUAGCUCGCAAGAAUUGAAGGCGAAGUACCACAAGGGUAUGCUUCUUAACUUGGCUUUACUUACACAUGUCUUCGACCCGGUCAAGAUACGCGGGUAUAAUGGCGAUUACUUUGUUUUAAUUUACCUACUUGUAGCAAAGUACAUUUAUUUUUGUUUAGUUUAAGACCCGAUGUCUUUCCGAAAAGGGUAAGCGACUCUGUUAUGUUAUGGAAUGAGUCACUAUUGUCAUUUAAGAUAUAAGUUGCAUCGUCAGCAAAUAGGGACUGUUUAAUUUUGUCGCCAAGUUCUAACGAUAUGCCAUGUAUAUGUUUAUUUGAUUGGAUGUGAUGUGAUAGAUACUCGAUGCAUAUGUUAAAUAGCGAUGAUGAAACUGUUUUAAAAGAAGCCAUUGUUAAUGAUUAUACUGUUAAUAUCGGUAUAGAAUAGUUUGACCCAUUGAAUGAGACUUUCACCAAAGUUAAUAUUUUCUAAGCAAGAGAACAUAAAUGAAUGAUCAAGCGAAUCGAAUUCCUUUAGUCUACAAAGAAUAUUAGACCAGAAUUAUUUGAAUUAUUGAAAUAGUUUAUGCCUUGUAUAAGACGAACGUUUUCACCAAUGCAACGUCCUUUUAUGAAACCAGAUUGAGAUUUUGAAAUGAUUGAUGGUAAUAUUUUUGUAAUUCUGUUUGCUUUACUUUUAGUUGCUAUUUUGUAAUCAUUUUUCAGUAAGCUUAUCGGGCGCAAGUUUGACAAGGAUUCUAAGUUGUUUCCGGGUUUUUGAAUUAAUGAUAUUAAACUUUGAUUUUGAAGCGCGGUUCAACGUCCAUUGUUAAAUGAAUAAUUUACUGAAUUAGUUAAAUGUACUUUAAUAUCGUUUCAAUUUGUUUAUAAAACUCGAUUGUGAUGCCAUCAGAUCCCGGGCUUUUGUUAUUUUGCAUUUCUUUAAGAGCUUAUCCACAUUCAUAUUCAGUCGGUAAUCCGUUACAUAAUUGUUUUCCUCUUCAUUCAAAGCAUGAUGUGUUUUUUAAAAAGGGUGUUAUUUUCGACAUUCUUUCGUUUGUUUAAGAUUUCAUAAAAUAGGCGUUGUACUUCUAGUAUUUGAUUUCUUUUUGUAAUGUCUAUGCCCUGAACUACUUUGUGUAUAGUUUUUUGUUCUACGUUUUUCAAUGUUUGCAAAGUAUUUUGUAUUUUUUCAUUAUGUUCAACAUGUUGUGCUCGCGCUCGAAGUAUUAUGCCAUUGAGGUGUGUAUGAUAGAUUCCUUCAAAUAUAUUGUUUUUAGAAGCAAUUUCAUCUUCAAUGGCGAUGUUAUCAUUUGUGUUUGUUUCAUGCAAUUGUUUUUUUCAAGUGUUUCAAUUUCUUGUAUGGUUUCAAUUUUAAGUUUGUAUAUAUAUAUAUAUAAUGAAAAUGUGAAUUUACAUAAAACAAAUAAGAUACAAAUGUAACCAGACUUGAUGCUUGUAUUAACCUCCAUUUGGCUAGCUUUUAAAACAUAUUUAAGCUGUUCUUUAUUUAUAAUAAAUAUUAUUAUAAUAUAUUUGUUAAUGUGAACUUCUGAUUUGGGUCUUAGUUUACAGGUUUAAAAAAUACAUCAACUAUUUUCAAUAAGUGUUUAUAAGACAUGGACAGAUAUUCGCUUACUAAAAGUUGCUACUAAAAAUAAAUUUCAUGAAUUAACAUUUUCACAAUAGGUAGUUUUGUACGUAAUUGCAUACCACUAGAACCUGACAACUUAUAAAACAACGGUUGAUACUUUUUGAUUUAUUUGUUACAUAUAGUAUCAUUUAUCUUUUUAUACGUAGUGUGCUUGAAUUUGAGUUUAACUUGUAAUAGUAUUAAAACAAAAGCAAAGUAUAAUUUAAACUAAAAUGUAUCUCGUAUACUGAUAAUAUAUAUAUAUAUGUUACCAUUUCUGGUGUGAUGAUUGGGAUUUCAGAAGGUUGACAAUUUGAAUAUUAUUUAAUUAAAUGCUUAUCUUGCACAUGAACACAUUUAGCUUCGGUUGAAAGCAAAAUAGAAGCCUUUUUUACAUACGAAUUGUUAUAUUACGAUUUGAUUAAUUGUGUUAUGUUGCACUGAUUUUAUUUGAGACAGAGAUGUACCAGCGAUAAGAGUCACUCAAACAAAUUAACAGAAAUGUUCUGAAGGUUGACAAUUUGAAAAUUAAUUAAAUGCUUAUCUUGCACAUGAACACAAUUUAGCUUCAGUCAAAAGCGAAAUAUAAGCCUUAUUUUCAUACUAAUUUUUAUAUUGAAAUUUGAUUAAUUGUGUUAUGCGGAAUUGAUUUUAUUUGAGACAAAGAUUCAACAGCGAUAAGAGUCACUCAACAAAUUAACAACUUAAAUUAAGUUGUUAAUUCAACGUUACAGUUUAUUUUCCAUGUACAUAAGAACAAAUUUAUUAUAGUGUAUUUAAGUUUAUUACGAAAAAGUACAUGUCACUAUAUAAAUAAAUGAACAGUACAGAUCUAGUAUGUGAUUGGCGACAGUAGUACAGUAUUCGCAUUAUAGUAAAAAGUAUAGUGUACAUGUUUAUAUAAACCUGUUAUGUAAAUUUUUAAGGAUAUAUUGUUUAAUUGAUAUUUAUGUAUUAUCUCUAAUUUACACUGUCUAUUUGAGAAAAAACAACAACUGAUACAAAUGCAUUAUCUCUAAUUUUUAAAUCUAUUAGGAAAAACAUUGUUGGAAAACAACAACAAACUAAACAGCAAUAAACAGAAAUAAAAUAACUCGUGUUUCUGUGUAGCGAAAACAAGAACUGGAUAGUAGGUGAUUGUUAAAUUUUUAACAAAAACUAUGAUCAAAAACAUAUACAGUACCGUCUCUAUGAGUUUAGUAUUAAUACAUCUUUGAAACUAGACUAGUCAGAACUUUGUACAUAACACAUGACGAAAAAACAGCGAUACUAUUACCAUCUGUACCGUAAUUCACAAAAAUACAUUGAUAUGAUUUGGAGUACUAUUUGAUUUCUUUAAUGAAGAUAUACAUCACUGACCAUAGUUCUUGUUAAUUUGAUUAUAAUCAUAGUACAUUUAUAACAGGGGGGGAGGACAUGCGUAUGCGGGAGCUUACCGCGUUUAAGUGAGAAAGUUGGAACAAAACUUCAAAGGUGGCGUCGUUUGUUGGGUUUUCUUGAAGGAAGAGAGGAUAUUUUCACCCGGUAAGCCCCUUUGUAUUUAUAAUUAUUUUAAAUGAAUACGCCCUUUCGGCUCUCCGGUGUUUGUGCUUCCCUCGGUUUUGUGUUUCAAGAUCGUAGACGUCGGAAUAAAAAAAGUUAUUGAAGGAUAACCGUCCACAAAUCUGUUGUCUCCUAACAUUCGAGAAAUGGGAUGUACAAAUAUCAUUUUCUCUUAUAAUACACAGUAUUGACGCACGUGUUCGGUAAAAUAUAACUAAAAUCAUGAUUAUUUCAUUUUCCCGACGCCGUUGUAUCUCUGAUAACUAAUUUAUUGUAAAAAACUAUUGGUUAACUCCUCUUUGGAACUUAACUUCCUUUUAAGCACAUUUUGUGACAUGACUUCCAAAUGACCAACACCCAUACCCAUGUAAGAAGGUAAUACACGAACUUUCUGUCGUGAAUGAAUUUACCAUUUAUAUGGAUGUUUUAAAGAACGUUUCCUCUGUUUAAAUGUAUACCUCUUUCAUACUUUUCAAAGAUACGAAACCUCAAGCUACAUUACAAAAGAUGAAACAUAACAUAACUUGUAUUGUUAUAAACUGCGACAUUAUAUGUGACAAGUCUGACAUAUAAUUGCUAUGAGUGCUUCUUAAUUGCACGUUUUGUUCCGUAUAUGUCAAGAUGUUAGUUUCUCACUUUUUUAUGAAAUAAACCAUUAUCUGUGUUACCUCAUUUCUUCCUACGAUGUCUCUGCAAACAUUUUCCAUUGUAUUCAGCACUUGCAUAGAUAGAUAGACUUUUAUUUUCCUCCAUUCACGGAGAGCAUAACAUAUAAUACAGGUUGGUUUAAACACUAUUUAUUUAGUUCAUUGAAAGUACAUAUAAGCAAUACAAUACAAACAUACAUAUUAUAUUUGAGCAAUAUGCUAGGCAGGUAGAAUUGCAGUAUUGCUUUACAUAAAGGCUGUAAAAUACAAUUGGACAGAAUUGAGAAGGAAGCUCGAGGCUUAUACUAUGUCUCUCUUCUGUCAGUUAGAAGCGCUGCUGUAAUGGUGUAAACAACCAAACGUAUAACAACUAUUUAAAGACAUGUCAAAAUUACGAACAAUAUAUUACAGUGAUAGAUAAUUGCAUGCUGGUUAGAACAUGCUGGUUAUUACAUUUAUACAUGUAAUUAUGAUUUUCGGGGAAGCAAAUUUUGGGACCACAAGCUAAAAGAUAGUGGUAUAUAUACCUAGUCAUUAAAACGACUUGCGUUGUAUAAGCAUUUACUUAAAAAUAUUUAUGUUUUAUUAUUUAUGUUGUUCAUGCCAAGAUGUUUGUUGAUUCCAUGGGAAUUCAUGUAAUGUAUACUUUACAUGAUUUUUUUUUCUAACGGAGCGAGUUAUGCAUCCCCUGUAUUUAAUUAAAAUGUGUCGCUCUUGUUUACUGUUGUAAUUUGAUGUUGAGAUGGUAUGAUUAUAUAAAUACUAUAAACUGUCGUUUGAGCAAGCUUACAUAAGGUAAUGUGCCUUGUUAAUGUUUUGUUUUGUUUAAAGAUGUUUAUCUACUCCAUUACCGUAAUGGUCUGAUGUUAGAGCGUGUUGAAUAAAAAUUAGACGUUA